CCCGUAUUUAAAAGUCUUCCAAUAUUUAUAGCUACACGAUCAAAUAUUUCCUUUGUUUACAUUGUCAAAACGGCACGAAAACCAGUCGAGCGUUUAAAAUCAAAACAAUAACAGCCUUAUCCUAAAAAAGGAAAGAAAGAUUUUAUAGUUUUCCUAAGUUUUAAAGGAUUUUAAAGAGCUUCACGAUGAAAAAAGCCGGAGAAGAAAGCGAUUCAACAUCGCAAGGAGUGGGGAAUUCAGGCGAUAUUAAUAGUUCAUCUAGUUUUGAGGCUAUUGUUCAAAAUAUGACUAUAGCUCACGAACUGGCGAUCGAUGCGGACUUCAAAUUAAAAGAAAUUCGCUCAGAUUCGUGAGUAAAUGUAGUUUUUAUGCUUUUGAUUUGAUGGUCUCUGAGAUGUGGGUUUUAAUAAAAUAUGGGAACUGUGUCUUGGUAUGCUUUUUAAUAUAUAUAUAUAGUUGUUGAUACAGUGGCGAUGGGAUAUUAGUGUGUUAUUUGAAGUAAAAUUAUUUUGUAUGGCGUGGUCAAGUAUAGGUAUUGUAUGACAAAUGUGGUAUGGUUUGUUAGUACUAGAAUAUGGUAUGCAUUUAAUAUGAUGUGGAAUGGUGUUUUUGUAUGUUAUAAAAUUAAUACCACUAUGAAAAAUGGUAUAAUUAUAACACUCCAAAACAAUUAUUCAAACAAUUAAUUAUGAUGAUUCUACAGUAUUGAAGGUCAAGUGAAAAAAGUUGUCCACCAAGCAUUUUGGGACGUUCUACAAGAAGACAUUAGCAAAGAUCCCCCAAAUUAUGAACAAGCUAUAAAAUUACUAGCUGAGAUCAAAGAGGUAUAUAAGAUUGACAAUCCAAUACACUACAUGACCUUGAAUUUGGUAACAUACCUUAUUGCCGACAUAAAGCCAGAUUUCCAUUCAUAUCAAAAUGUUAAACAAUCCUUCGGAUUGCCACAAACUUUCUUCUGAUCUCUUCAUUCCACAAUGCCUCUGAAUGGCUUUCCUUCAUGUCUUCUUAUUACAUGUCCAUACCAUCUCAGCUUUGCUUCCCUCACCUUCUCUGCAAUGUCUACCACCUCACAUCAUCUUCUGAUCUCUUCAUUCCACAAUGCCUCUGAAUGACUUUCCUUCAUGUCUUCUUAUUACGUGUCCAUACCAUCUCAACCUUGCUUCUCUCACCUUUUCUGCAAUGUCUACCACCCCACAUCUUCUUCUGAUCUCUUCAUUCCAUAAUGUCUCUGGCCAGCUCUCCUUCAUCUCUUCUUAUUACAUGUCCAUACCAUCUCAGUCUUGCUUCCCUCAUCUUCUCCCCAAUGUCUACCACCUCGUAUCUUGGUCUGAUCUCUUCAUUCCAUAACAUCUCUGAUCAACCUUCCUUCAUCUCUUCUUAUUACGUGUCCAUACCAUUUCAGUCUUGUUUCUCUGCAAUAUCUACCACCUCACAUCUUCUUCUUAUCUCUUCAUUCCAUAAUGUCUCUGGCCAGCUCUCCUUCAUCUCUUCUUAUUACAUGUCCAUACCAUUUUGACUUUGCUUCACUCACCUUCUCUGCAAUGUCUACCACCUCACAUCUUCUUCUGAUGUCUUCAUUCCAUAAUGUCUCUGACCAGCUUUCCUUCAUCGCAUCUUAUUAUGUGUCCAUACCAUCUCAACCUUGCUUCUCUUACCUUCUUUGCGAUGUCUACCACCCCACAUUUUCUUCUGAUCUCGCCAUACCAUUGCCUUGUACUUCAGUGAAACUUCUUGAAAGCUGGAGCACUGGAAAAAAUCUCUGACAUUGAAAUUAUUAUAAUUGCAGGAAUCAAACUUCGGUCACAAAGGUGAAACACACAUACACUAACCAUUAAUACAGAGCUUUCAAUCUUUGUUUACAACUCUAGAUACUUCUGUCGCUUACGUUUGAACAUAACAGCAGUCUGAGAGAAAACAUCAACUCUAUUCUGGACAUUGAUUUGAUCAAACAACAAAGCCAACAUGGCAAUGUGGACAUUCAAGGCUAUGCAAACUUCAUUAUUCAAAUUAUGUCUAAAAUAUGUGUACCAGCAAGAGAUGAAGAUAUUGGAAAAUUAACUACGGUCGAAGGUGGCUUGGUGCCAUUAUUUAGGUGAGAGGGAAUUGGGUUAAAUUUUCAUGUCACGACAUGAAACUGCGAGCGAUCCCUCCUUUCCACGGGUUUAGCUUCCCAGGCGUGAGAGGGGAAGGAGGGAAUGUCGACAACACAUCAAGAAACGAAAUACGCCCACUUUUUGCUCUUGUCAAGUUGGCUUGUCAAUAGAUCUUUCCUCUUUUGAUGAAAUUUUGAUCUAGACAAGUCUGGACAAAAAUUUCAUCACAGCUUGAACGAGCAUUAAAAAAUUAGUAAUAUUCCAAAGUUUCGUUGAGAAAUGUUGUAAAAUGCAGAUAAUAUAGCCUUGCGAAGUUUGCCGUUUUUCAGUCAUAUUGUAUUACAAACGGGAAAUUGAUAAUCAGAUGAUCAAACUGAUUAUCAAUUUCCCAUUUGUAAUACAAAAUGACUGAAAAACGGCAAACUUCUCAAGGCUAUAUUAUCCGCAUUUUACAACAUUUCGCAACGAAACUUUGGAAUAUUACUACUGUAAUUUUGUGAUGCUCUUUCAAGCUGUGAUGAAAUUUUUGCCCAGGCAUAUCUAGAUCAAAAUUUCACUCAUAAGGGAAAGGUCUAUUGGCAAUCCGACAACUGCAUAAUACAAGAAUCAAACCCCACUCCCCCAGGUGAAACAUAACGUGCACUAACUUUCAUUUACAGGGAAAUUUUCCACGUUUUGGAUCUAAUGAAGUUGGACAUGGCAAACUACAGACUGUCCGUCCUUCGGCCACAAAUUCUUCAACAAUCGGUCGAAUAUGAAAGGCAAAAGUUCAAAGAAUAUUUAAGUGCCAACCCAAAUGGUCUACUCUCUACCAAAGAGUGGUUAAAAAGGGGCCAUGAUAUAGCUAGAAGUGAGCUUGGUAGGGUUUCUGAGGGAACUCUACAGGUAGAUGGUCACGAAGGGACAAUAAGAGUGGAGUUCGUGGAUAUAUGUAGACAUUGUUAUGUCGGGAUUUUGUUGGGUGAAGGAGGAUUUCCAUUUCCUGAGGUAGAAAAAGCAAAUAACUUGUGUAUUGGUUGGCGCAUGCACCUUCCACACCAGUUUCCUCCUUUAGAAGUGAUAGAGCUAUCCAGUAUAAAUAAAGUUAGUUUAAGUUAGUUUAGUAACAAUGGAUCAAUAAAAGAUGCCGAUCCUUACUGGACCUCUAGGAAGAACAGUUUAGAACUGAUGGAGCUAUCCAGCAUAAAUAAAGUUAGUUUAGUUUAGGUUUCAUCCUGUGGUAACACUGGAUCAAUAGAAGAUGAUCCUUACUGGAUCUCUAGGAAGAACAGUUAAAAACUGAUAUAUAGCUGUCCAGUAUAAAUAAAGUUAGUUUAGGUUUCCUCCUGUAGUAACACUGGAUCAAUACGAGAUGAUUCUUACUGGACCUCUAGUAGGGAGUCAGAAUAGUUUAGAAGUGACAGUGCUAUCUAAAAUAAAUAAAUAAAGUUUAGGUUUCCUCCUAGUGUAGUAACACUGGAACAGUAAAGAAUGAUGUUUAGUGGACCAUAAAAAGAGAACAGCUAGUUUAGAACUGAUAAAGUCAUCCCUUAACAAAGUUAGUUGAGUUGCCUGACAUUAUUUUCUACGUAGACGCUAUUCUUGGACAGUUACCGUGCGGCAGAGAUGAGACUGUCCUGUCAAUAUCUAAUCAAAGUCGCCUCAGUGAUUGCUGUUACUUUAAACAUCAUGGGAAGACAUUUGGCGUCCGAUGCUGAAUACAAAAGAACGAUUAAAGAAUCUGUUGCUCUUCUUUUGAAUGGGCAAAAAGAAAGGUAGUGUGAAUAAUUGCAGUUUGAAACAUCUGCGAAAUUUUAAAUUGAACGCUAUGUAUAUAUAUAUAUUAUAUAUAUAUUCUUUGCUUUUAGUGACCUCCCAAAGGCGUUUCCAAAUAUUUGCGAGCAAGUAAUGAAAGAAACGGAGUCGUUCCUAUCAAAAAGAGAUUUGACUAGUCUAGAUGAAGAAAAAUCGAGUUUGUUGAGGCAACAGAUUAUGAACUUGUCAGACGAAAGCAACAAUAUCUGCCAGUUGAUAAGUAAGUUCUUGGUAGCUAGUUUGACAGUUUUUUUAAAUCGAAAGCGUAAAGACCCCCAGCUUUGAGAUACCUUUUUUCAAGUAGUUCAGAUACAAACCACGGCAGCUUAUUGUAGAAUACCACCUACACUGGACCACCACGUUUGAAAUAUCUUUUUCAGGUAGUUCAGACAGAAACCACGACAGCUUAUUGAAGAAUACUACUACACUGGACCAUCAAGUUUGAGAUAUCUUUUUCAGGUAGUUCAGACACAAGCCACAACAGCUUAUUGUAGAAUACUACCUACAAUGUACCCCAGUAAGUUUGUACCAAACAUUUUCUUCUUAUAGGAAAGCGUAUGUACACUUGUCUGAUGAGCAACAUGCUUCGACCCACCGCCUCAAAUUCUACCACAGUGACAGUCCCUGCAGCGCUGUCAGACAUCGAAAAUGAACUACUUGAUAUAACCAAGAAAUUUGGACCUAUUGUCUCACAUAAUUACGCUGUAUUUCAACCGUUUUAUGAAGAAAUCUUAACGAAUAUUCCAUCGUAAUUGCAUGCAUGAAAAUACUGCAUGUUCCAAUUAUCUACCGAGCGCGCCCACUAGAAUACUAGCGCGCCCACUAGAAUAAAUCUGGUAUUUCCGCGCACCCAUGUAUUAUUCUCUAUAUAAUUACAGUAAUACAGUAUAUAUAUAACGCUGCAUAUAUUUCGAAGCAGUUUAUUUUAGGUAUUUAUUAUGAAGCUAAGCUGUUUAUAACCAAGCAGUACAUUCUGUAAUUUUACUAUAUAAAUACAUGUAUAAAUAUUACAAUAUCCAAAGC